AUUAAAUAGUAUGGUUUGUGGAAAUAGGUUGCAACAUAUAUAUUUUGUAUGUAAUGAAUAAAAUCUUUCAGAACUACAAGCUAUAAGAGAUUUAAAUUAACUUAAUGAUGGAAGAUCAGAGCGAGACACAAGACAAGGCUAUUAUAGAUGAAGUUGGGGAGAGAGAAUUAUCAUGGUAUCAUUAUAUUGGAGAUUUAGCUAAUAUUACGAAAGCAUUCAUAGGAACAAACUAUCUUGCAGUAGCUUUUGGUUUUUCACAAGCUGGACUUAUUCCUGGAAUUUGUGGCCUUAUACUUAUUGCAGUCUUAACAGAUCACGGAUGUCAGCUGAUGGUUCGAUGUAAGCAUAGGAUAAUUCGUUUUAUUUGUGCACUAUAUCCGAAUGUUCUGGAAGAAGACUGCACAAAAGUUAGAAUUAAAUUAGAAAGAACUGUUGGAUAUGGUGACCUUGCUCAUCAUGUUCUUGGAGAAAUGGGCUAUCAUGUUGUUCAAGCCUCUGUGUUCAUAACUCAGUAUCUAACGUGUGUCCAAUAUUUUAUAUUCUUAGGAAAUUCGAUUCAUAAAAUGUUUCCAGUCGAUCAUCAUUCUAAUUCAACAAUCAAUCAUACGCUACCCACGGCAGAACCUAUUUCAACCGCACCAAAUUUGAAAUUGCUAAUACUAAUCCCCUUGCCAAUAAUUUUGCUGCUGAUUCUUAUACAAAGAAUACGACUUCUAUCACCUUUUAGCGCAAUAGCUAGCUCUUUAUUAGUGAUUGGAGCAUUGGGAGUUUUUGUAUACGUGUGUAAAGGUUUCCACAUCACAUCUAAUUUUGAUUAUGCGAAAUUGUAUACUCUACCAAUAUUUUUUGGACAAUUAACAAAUUCCUACGAAGGAAUAGGAUGUGUUUUACCUAUUGAAUCGAGCAUGGAUGGUAACAGAUAUUUAUUCCCAACAUUUUUACGAGUAGCUAUAGCAUUCGUUUGGGUGAUACUUGUUUCUUUUGGUAUUCUUGGUUAUUUACGUUAUGGAAAUACUGUAAAUCAAUUGAUUAUUUUAUCUUUGGAAAAUAUAUCUGUAGUUACUUCUAUACUCAUUAACGUAACUUUAAUGACAAGUGUGAUAUUUACCUUUCCCCUCCAAGCAUUCCCAGUUUGGCAAAUAGCCGAAUGUUAUAUCUUUUCAGGACACUGUAGACCGAAAAAAUCUAUUCUUUGUGGGCACGUAAAAACCGCUCUAAGUGUUUCUAGAAGUGAGUCAGAGUCGCUACUGAAUGACGUAUCACAUCAAAGUAGUUAUGGAACAACUCAAACUUUAGAAGACUUAGUGGAAGAAGAAAAAAUACCUCUAUGGAAAAAGAAUGUACUUCGUACUAUUCUACUUUUUACUCAGGUUGGAUUAGCAAUUCUCUUAAAAGAUGCUUUUGCAUACGUCAGCGCUUUUACUGGAGCUAUUGGAUCCUCUUUACUGUCGUAUAUUUUACCGUGUACAAUUCAUCUUAAAGCUCGUUGGGUCGAAUUAAAAAAGAUAAUCAUAUUUAAAGAUUUCUUAAUAUUAAUCUUUGCAACAGUCGCAAGUACACUUACCAUUGUACUACUGAUAUAUGAAAUUGUUAAAGGUCCUCUGUGA